CUGAGACAUUAUUAAAGAAGGCAUUGGGUUUGUGCAGCUUUUGAAAAAUUUGGCUUAGCCUUUCUUUAAAAUUGUGUCCCAAGGUGCCUACAUAUAAAAAGUUAUGUCAAACAACGUGCUUGUGCCGUCUUACCGCGUUCGGUCACUCAUUAAGCAGGAGCCUGACGAUGACUCUGACACGGACGAACCGAAUGUGCUACAAAAGAAGUCCGACAGCGACGAGACGCAAAUCAUCCACAGCGGCCACUUCAUGGUAUCUUCCCCGCAUAGUGAGCACCCACCCAAAAAGGGUUAUGAUUUUGACACGGUCAACAGGCAGACGUGCCAGACCUACACUUUUGGCAAAACCAGUACCUUCUCAAUCGACGUAUCUCUCACCAAGCUGUUCGAGUGUAUGAGUCUGGCAUAUAGUGGGAAGUUGGUUUCUCCUAAAUGGAAGAAUUUCAAAGGGCUGAAACUUCUAAGAAGAGAUAAAAUUCGACUUAAUAAUGCUAUCUGGAGGGCUUGGUAUAUGCAGUGCUAUUGCAACUGAAGGAAAGUACUGGAAAAGAAGAAUUGAGGUUGUAAUUAGGGAGUAUCAUAAGUGGCGCACAUAUUUCAAAAAAAGGUUACAGAAACGUAAGGAUGAAGACCUGUCCAUCUUGGUUAAAGAUGAUGACUUCUGGAUUCCCAGCCGAAGUGGAAGGGAAACUCCAGUACCUAUGGAGCAGGAUCAUCACUUUGAUAUGGAUAUGCUUAUGUCAGAGUUUACAGACACUCUUUUUUCCUCCCAUCAGUCUGUCUCCUGGCUGAAUCCUCGUGAGUUAGCACAUUCAGGAAAUGCAGAUAUGAUUCAACCUGGGCUAUCACCUCUUCAGCCAAACUUGGACUUUGUGGAUACAUUUGAAGAUUUCCAAAAUUUUUUCUCGUCAAGUCGAUAUCCUUUAGGUAAUAUCUUCUCUUCUGGUUCUACCUCGAUUGCUACAGUUGCUCCACUUACUGGGAAUGAAUCCUUGUCCCAGAGUGCAUCACUGUCAGCAAACACCUUGUCUGUUACAGUUCCUCCAGUUAACCUUGAUGAAGAAUUAAUUCCGUCCCCUGGACCUAGUCCAACAAUUAGUGGUGGUGCAAGCAGUCUUUGUGAGGAGAGUCCUGAUGUGAGUGCUUAUAUUCAAGCUCAAAGAUUUAGUUCAGAAGACUCUCUUGUGAGCAGACAGACAUUUACAGGAAUGGUCCCAGUGCCGUUGCCUGCUGUACAGACUUCUGUCACACAGCACCGCACAGCUUCACCUGCAGUGCCUCAGAUUACAAGCUUGAAUUCUCAAACUGCAUUUGCUUCUCCAGAAGUACAAAAGUUUGGAUUUGACAGUCCUUUGAAAUCUUCUGUCAUUACCCAUACUGCUUCAGACACUUUAACUUGUAAUGCUGCUGCUACUACCUUUAGCCAGUCUCAGAAUCUUGUUCUUGCCAGUCAACACCAAGGAGUGCCUUGUAAUCUUUCAGUGCAAAGUGGUUUAAUGCAGCAGAAGCCACCAGUUCAGCCACAGUCGCAAUUAACAUUUACAGUACCCACCCCACCUCAGACUGUCCCACCAUCAAAUUCCAGAACAAGAUUGAAGUCCCAAAAAACAGUGCUUGCCCCCAAACCAGAAGGUGUUUCAAUACUGGUAAAUAGUGCCUUCAUAGCACCAGGUGGCUAUCAGGGACAACCAAGAACUGUGAUUGUGACACCUGUACCUCUGAAGGGAGAAGGGAUGCUGACUUCCACAAUUCCUCAGUCCAGUGUUGUCAUGGCAAGAGCUACAGGACUGACAGACUUUCCCAGCAGCAUUCUUGUUGGAACAGCAACCAAUAGCCAGUGCACUCACCCUCCUGUACAUCAUGUCUUCCCAGCAAGCACAGUUCCGUCUACUGUUGCCAAGGGGGAGCCAGCAACAUUGCACAGCUGCAGUAGAACUGAUCUUCCAUCUUCACAGAGUACAGAACGAAGAAAUUCAGGUCAAGGAUCACCUAUUGCUUUUGAACCGGCUGCCAGCCAGCAUUCUCCCCCAAACAGUUGCUCAGGAAAGAUCAAAACAGAUUCUCAGAAUGCAUCAGUUACGAUUAGACGAAUAACACACAUUUCCGCUGAACAAAAAAGGCGAUUCAACAUUAGGAGAGGAUUUAGUACUUUACAAAGUUUGGUGACAACAAUGAAGUCUAAUUCAAAACCGGUAAGCAAUGCAUGCACUUUGCAGAAAACUGUAGAGUACAUUGCCAAAUUACAGCAGGAAAGGAUACAGAUGCAAGAUGAUGUCAAACGCCUUCGGGAAGAGAUUGAAGAACUUAAUGCGACCAUCAGUUCAUGCCAGCUGCAACUUCCAGCAACAGGAGUCCCCAUAACUCGUCAGAACUUGGAUCACAUGCAAGAGAUGUUUGAUGCAUACGUGAAAAACCGGACGCUUCAGAACUGGAAAUUCUGGAUUUUCAGCAUUAUCAUCAGUCCCUUGUUUGAGUCAUUUAACAAGGUGGUAUCCACUGUCUGUAUAAAUGACCUGUGUCAGUCCACGUUAUCUUGGCUAGAUCAAUACUGUUCACUGCCUGUCCUAAGACCAACGGUGUUGAACACACUUAGAAAAUUAAGCACAACAACCUCAAUUCUCACAGAUCCUUCUCUCCUGCCAGAACAAGCAACACAAGCUGUUAACCAGAUCGGCACAAGUGGAAAUCCUUAAUACUGUGUGCUGCGUUUUGCAAACUGUUUUAUAUAUAUAUAUAUAUAUAUAUAUAUAUAUAGAUAUAUAUAUAUAUAUAUAU